UCUCAUUCUCUUGCAGUCAAACAAUCCUUUUCUCCCAAGUCCCAACACCCAACUCCCCCUCUUUCCCACCGUUUCUUCUUCCUUAGCCUAUUCUCCAUAUUUCUGCCUCUGCUUGCUCUUGUUAUCUCCUCUGCUUGCUCUUGUUAUCUCCUCUGCUUCAAGAUAAAGCAGAGGAGAGCUAGACUGGUGGUGGUGACAUACUAAGAUGGCAGAUAGCAGCAGUAUUGAAGAGUUUUCUGUCUCCUCUCAAGAUCACGAGACCACUGCCACUGCUAAAAGAUAUGGAGGACUUAAGCCAAAGAAGAAGCCUUUGAUUUCAAAGGACCAUGAACGUGCCUUCUUUGAUUCCGCAGACUGGGCUCUGUGCAAGCAAGGUGCAGGAGUUGAUAAAAAAUCAGCAAUUGCUAUAGAGACAUUGCGUCCCAAGUUGCAAAGAACAGCUCAUGAACAACUACCUCCUCGAAGACCUGCUUGUACAUCUUGACAUGUUGGACCUCUGCCACUUCAGAAUGCUGGUUAUAUAAUGUUCCUGCAGACUAAGUAGAUUAGUGUUCUCUUUACUCUUACCUUUUUUACUGAUUAAUCUUGUCUCCAUGAGAAGUACAAUCAAAGAAAAUGUAAUGACUAUAUCUCUUUUUUUAAACUAACCGCAGGGGUGUUUGGCCUCAUUCCCUACCUAAUAUAAUAUUUGAACAAAAAGACA